GCGCCCUCAUUGCCCAGCCCGACCCCAGCCUCCGACAGGUUCGGGCCCCCUCCUCGCCCCGUCCCGCGGAUCCCCGGCCCCGCCCAGCGCCCGGGACCCCCAGCUCCACUGGCUCGCCUUAGCCAUCGCUCCCACACCAUGGACAAGUUUUGGUGGCGCGCAGCCUGGGGACUCUGCCUCGUGCCGCUGAGCCUGGCGCAGAUCGAUUUGAACAUAACCUGCCGAUACGCAGGGGUAUUCCAUGUGGAGAAAAAUGGCCGCUACAGCAUCUCGCGGACGGAGGCCGCGGACCUGUGCAAGGCUUUCAACAGCACCCUGCCCACCAUGGCCCAGAUGCAGAAAGCACUGAACAUUGGCUUUGAGACCUGCAGGUACGGGUUCAUAGAAGGGCACGUGGUCAUCCCCCGGAUCCACCCCAACUCCAUCUGUGCCGCCAACAACACGGGCGUGUACAUCCUCACGUCCAACACCUCCCAGUACGACACCUAUUGCUUCAAUGCCUCAGCUCCGCCCGAAGAAGACUGCACCUCGGUCACAGACCUGCCCAACGCCUUCGAGGGACCCAUCACCAUAACUAUCGUUAACCGUGAUGGCACUCGCUAUACCAAGAAAGGCGAGUACAGAACUAACCCUGAAGACAUCAACCCCAGCACCCCUGCGGAUGACGACGUGAGCAGUGGGUCCUCCAGCGAAAGAAGCACUUCAGGAGGCUACAGCAUCUUCCACACCCACCUUCCAACCACUCGCCCCACCCAAGACCAGAGCAGUCCCUGGGUGUCUGACAGCCCAGAGAAGACUCCCACUACCAUUACUUCAACUGUGCACUCAAACAGCCAUGCAGAAGCUCACACGCAAAAUAAUUGGAUAUGGUUCUGGUUUGGUAAUUCACAGCCUAAGAUUCAAGAUAGGACAACGACAGAAGUGACAGGUACGGAUUCAAAUGUCAUCUCAGCAGGCUGGGAGCCAACUGAAGAAAACGAAGAUGAAAGAGACAAACACCCCAGUUAUUCUGGAUCAGGCAUUGAUGAUGAUGAAGAUUUUGUCUCCAGCACCAUUCCAACCAAACCACGGAUUUUUAAGUUCCCAGAAGUGAACGAGGAUUGGCGGCACUGGAGCCCAGGCCAUUCAACUCCAGGCAUCUUACUUCAGACAGCCACAAGGAUGACUGAUGUGGACAGAAGUGGCACCAGUGCUUAUGGAGAAAGUCAGACCCAGGAACCACAUUCUCCUCUCGUUCACCAUGAGCAUCAUGACGAAGAGGAGACCCAGCAUUCUACAAGCUCAACCUGGGCGCUUUCUAGUAGGACAGCAGAAGACACAGCUACCCAGAAAGAGCAGUGGUUUGAGGACGGAUGGCGUGGGGAAUACACCCAAACGCCAAAGGAAGACUCUCCUUCAGCAACAGGGACAGCUGUCACAACAGCCUCAGCCCACGACAGCCAUCCAAAUCGAAGAAUGACAACGCAGAGUCAAGAGGACAGUUCCUGGACUUAUUUCUUCGACCCAAUCUCACAUCCAAUGGGACGAGGUCAUCACACGGAAAGAUGGAUGGAUGUGGACUCCAGCCAUAGUACAACGCUUCAGCCUUCUGCAGAUCCAAGCACAGGUUUGGUGGAAGAGUUGGACAGGACAAGACCUCUUUCAAUGACAACUCAGCAGAGUCAUACUCAGAGCUUCUCUACGUCACAUGGAGGCUUGGAAGAAGAUAAAGACCAUCCAAUGACUUCUACUCCAUCAUCUAGCAAUAGGAAUGAUGGCAGAGGUGGAAGAAGAAGUGGAAACUUUUCUGAAGACUCAGCUACUUCAGGAGAGGGCUAUACUGCUCAUGCCCCAGACACAAAGGAAUACAACACCCUCACCCCAGUGACCCCUGCUAAGACUGGGUCCCCAGGAGUUACUGAAGUUAUUGUUCUUGGCGAUUCUAACUCUCAUGUUGAUGGUUCCUUUUCAGAAGACCAAGCCUCUGGCGGGAGGGCCCAGACCACCCACGGAUCUGAAACAAGUGGACACUCGACUGGGAGUCAAGAAGGUGGGGCAAGCACAACCUCGGGUCCUAUACGGAGACCUCAAAUUCCAGAAUGGCUGAUCAUCUUGGCGUCCCUCCUGGCCCUGGCUCUGAUUCUCGCAGUUUGCAUUGCUGUCAACAGUCGAAGAAGGUGUGGACAGAAGAAGAAGCUGGUGAUCAACAAUGGCAAUGGAGCUGUGGACGACAGAAAGGCAAGUGGGCUCAAUGGAGAGGCCAGCAGGUCUCAGGAGAUGGUGCACUUGGUGAACAAGGAGUCGUCAGAGACCCAAGACCAGUUUAUGACAGCCGACGAGACACGGAACCUGCAGAAUGUGGACAUGAAGAUUGGGGUGUAGCCCCUGCACCUUGACCUUGGGAAGAAACCACAGUCAGAGAGAGCAAUCGCAGGGGGCUGGAAUAUUUCACAGAUGCGAUGUGCUACUGACUGCUUCAUUCGGGAUCUUUUUUUAACAUAAAAUUUUCUACUCCUUUU